UCCCUAAAAACUGCCUCUGUCAUACAACCAGGAAGAAGGUGGGAUAGCCCUGCGAAGCUAACAUCCCCAAUCUUUCUGCACACUUUCUCCGAAAACAAUGGGAUCCCCUCGGUGGAAGGUAGCGGCGGCGGUGUUUCUCGCAAUAGCGGGCUCUUUAUUACCUGUCGACGCAGACGAACACGACCACACGUACACAGAUAAGGAGGAAGUAGUUUUAUGGAUGAACACGGUGGGGCCUUACCACAACCGACAGGAGACGUACAAGUAUUUCUCUUUGCCCUUCUGCGCGGGGUCCAAGAAGACCAUCAGUCACUACCAUGAAACGCUCGGCGAAGCCCUGCAGGGAGUGGAGCUGGAAUUCAGCGGCCUGGACAUAAAGUUCAAAGACGAGGUCAUGCAGACAACAUACUGCGAAAUCGACAUGGACAAAGCCAAACGGGACGCCUUCGUCUACGCCAUAAAGAAUCACUACUGGUACCAAAUGUACAUAGACGACCUGCCGAUCUGGGGUAUUGUUGGCGAGGCGGACGAAAAUGGAGAAGAGCAUUACCUGUGGACAUAUAAGAAACUGGAGAUCGGCUUUAACGGCAAUAGGAUUGUGGAUGUAAAUCUGACCAGCGAAAGCAAAUCCAGACUCGUCCCAAACACAAAAAUCCCAAUGUCCUAUUCGGUGAAAUGGAAGAAGUCGGACGUAAAGUUUGAAGACAGAUUCGACAAGUACCUGGAUCCAUCCUUCUUUCAGCACAGGAUUCACUGGUUUUCCAUCUUCAACUCCUUCAUGAUGGUCAUUUUCCUGGUGGGUCUGGUGUCAAUGAUCCUGAUGAGGACGCUAAGAAAGGAUUACGCCAGAUACAGCAAAGAGGAGGAAAUGGAUGACAUGGACAGAGACCUGGGAGACGAGUACGGGUGGAAGCAGGUGCACGGGGACGUGUUCAGGCCGUCCAGCCACCCGCUCAUCUUCUCCUCGCUCAUCGGCUCCGGCUGCCAGAUCUUCUCCGUGUCCCUCAUCGUCAUCAUCGUCGCUAUGGUUGAGGAUCUGUACACAGAGAGAGGAUCCAUGUUGAGCACGGCCAUUUUUGUGUACGCUGCAACCUCGCCCGUCAAUGGCUACUUUGGGGGAAGUUUGUAUGCAAAACAAGGAGGCAGGAGAUGGAUUAAACAAAUGUUCAUCGGGGCCUUUUUGAUCCCGGCCAUGGUGUGCGGCACGGCCUUCUUCAUCAACUUCAUCGCCAUCUACUACCACGCUUCGAGAGCCAUCCCGUUCGGCACCAUGGUUGCCGUCUGCUGCAUCUGCUUCUUUGUCAUCCUGCCACUUAACCUGGUGGGAACGAUCCUGGGGAGGAAUCUGUCCGGCCAGCCCAACUUCCCCUGCAGAGUGAACGCCGUGCCGCGGCCGAUCCCCGAGAAGAAAUGGUUCAUGGAGCCGGCUGUCAUCGUGUGUCUCGGAGGAAUCCUGCCGUUCGGCUCCAUUUUCAUAGAGAUGUACUUCAUCUUCACGUCUUUCUGGGCCUACAAAAUCUACUACGUGUACGGCUUCAUGAUGCUGGUCCUGGUCAUCCUGUGCAUCGUGACCGUGUGCGUCACCAUCGUGUGCACGUACUUCCUGCUCAACGCCGAGGACUACAGAUGGCAAUGGACAAGCUUCCUCUCUGCUGCAUCCACUGCUGUUUAUGUUUACAUGUACUCCUUUUACUACUAUUUCUUCAAAACUAAGAUGUACGGGCUGUUCCAGACAUCCUUCUACUUCGGCUACAUGGCUGUUUUCAGCACCGCCCUGGGAAUCAUGUGUGGCGCCGUUGGCUACAUGGGAACAAGUGCCUUCGUGAGGAAGAUCUACACAAAUGUGAAAAUUGACUAAGGAGCGACAGCGGCAACACAGGGAUGCUAAAGGAUUUGCCUACGUGUACCCUGAACGGCGGCAGGCACAAGUCAUUCUUUAUUACUUUCCUUUCCUGCAAAGAGAUUGUGAGAAUCUCACUUUGUACAAUGUAGUUUUUUUUUUUUUUGUUUUUUUUUCUCCAUUUUCUGAAUGAAUUUCAGCGCCGCAAACUCCUCGGGAGUGAAUGAGAGGAAAAUCUGCGGGAGAGAUAUCAAAAAAAGAAAAAAAAAAACACACACCGGGUUCUGUUUUUAUCAGUUGCUUUGAAACAAACGUUGGGGCGAAUGUUUAAAAAGGCUGACAUGGCUUCUCUUUUCCUACCCAAUCCCAUCUGAAAAACAAAAAAACACAAAAAAAAGAAGAAAAAACAGGAGAACAUAAAUGUUUAUUGAUGGAAAUAGUGCAGCUCUCUUCAGUGAAGAGGCCUAAGUGUAUUGAAAAAGCCUGUGUUCUGUUGUGUCAGAAUAUCGGAGAGUUGGGUUCGUGUCCGUGUUCUGACUUUGAUUUCUAUUUUGUAUUCCUGAAGUCGCUAAAUAUAUCGUUGCUACACAGUACAGUAGUUUGUUCACAUCCACAGAAAGAAAAGAAAGU